AUGAGUUUUGCAAACACGACAAGGAGGUGCAUACGUGGCUUUACGUCAACGGCAUCCCGAUAUGACAAGAAGAUCAAACUAAACAAACAUUCAGCUAUCGUCACCGAAGAUCCAUCGCAAGGUGCGUCGCAAGCGAUGCUUUACGCCACGGGUUUCUCUGACGAGGACUUUAACAGGGCGCAAGUUGGCGUUGGCUCCGUUUGGUGGACGGGUAACCCCUGCAACAUGCAUUUGAUGGAAUUGAACGACAUGUGCACUGCCUCCGUCAACAAGGCCGGAUUGAAAGCGAUGCAGUUCAACUCCAUUGGUGUCUCCGAUGGUAUCACUAAUGGUACCGAGGGGAUGAAGUACUCGUUGCAGUCGAGAGAAAUCAUUGCUGACUCGUUCGAGACCAUGACCAUGGCCCAGUUGUACGAUGCCAACGUGGCUAUUCCUAGUUGCGACAAAAACAUGCCCGGGGUCUUGAUGGCCAUGGGUAGACACAAUCGACCUGCAAUCAUGGUUUACGGAGGCACAAUCUUGCCCGGCUCGCCCACGUGCGGCGGAUCGAAGCUGAACCCCGCCAUUGCCGACAAGAUUGACAUCAUUAGCGCGUUCCAAUCUUAUGGCCAAUAUUUGUCGAAGCAGAUCAACGAGGAAGAACGUGUCGAUAUCGUGAAGCAUGCGUGUCCGGGACCUGGUGCCUGUGGUGGUAUGUACACCGCCAACACCAUGGCCUCGGCCGCUGAAGUGUUGGGGUUGACUUUGCCCUACUCCUCGUCGGCACCCGCGGUGUCAAAGGAAAAAGCCGAUGAGUGCGCCGCCGUGGGUGACGCCAUCAAGAACCUCUUGGAGUUGGACUUGAAACCAAGGGAUAUCUUGACCAAGAAGUCGUUUGAAAAUGCAAUUGUUUACAUUAUCGCUACUGGUGGCUCGACUAACGCGGUGUUGCACUUGAUUGCCAUUGCCUCGUCGUUUGAUAUCGAGUUGACGGUUGACGAUUUCCAAAGAAUCAGCGACGCGACUCCCCUCUUGGCCGAUUUCAAGCCUUCUGGCAAAUACGUGAUGGCAGACUUGCAAACUGUAGGAGGCACUCCCGCAGUGAUGAAAUUUUUGAUGCAAAAUGGCAUGAUUGACGGUUCGCAAUUGACAGUAACGGGCAAGACCAUUGCUGAAAACUUGGCCUCGGUGCCCGGUCUACCCGAGGGGCAAGAUAUCGUGCACAGUUUGGAGAACCCUUUGAAACCCAAUGGCCAUUUGCAAAUCUUGAAAGGCAGUUUAGCUCCCGGAUCGGCGGUGGCGAAAAUCACCGGUAAGGAAGGCACUUAUUUCAAAGGUAAAGCUAGAGUAUUUGACGAAGAGUACGCCUUCAUCACCGCGUUGGAAAAUGGCGAGAUCAAAAAGGGCGAAAAGACCGUUUGCGUCAUUAGAUACGAAGGUCCUAAAGGUGGGCCCGGUAUGCCUGAGAUGUUGAAACCUUCGAGUGCGUUGAUGGGGUACGGGUUAGGCAAAGACGUGGCAUUGUUGACCGAUGGGAGAUUCUCCGGUGGAUCUCAUGGGUUCUUGAUUGGCCAUAUUGUCCCUGAAGCCGCUGAGGGUGGGCCUAUUGCCCUCGUUGAAGACGGCGACGAGAUUGUUAUCGAUGCCGAUAAGAACAUUAUUGAUUUGUUGGUUGGCGAGGAUGAGUUGGCUAGGAGAAGAGAGAAGUGGUCUCCUCCUGAACCAGUAUACAAGAGAGGCACCUUGUAUAAAUACGCCAAGUUGGUCAGCGAUGCUUCCAAGGGAUGUGUCACUGAUUUGUAA